UACCAAUAUGUUUCUUGGUCAUCGCCGGAUAUAUUUAUUGUGUUACUAUUGUUUCAACGCAGGUCUACCUGAUUUAAAAACAGCCGAUUUUUCUCUCGCGAUUGUACGUUAUUUUAAGGGGGAUGAUGCAGUGAAAUAGAUCCUGAAGUCAGAAUUCCAUUGAUGUUACUCCAACUGAACCCUUACUUCCACCCUGUGAAAAUCCUGGAUAGUGUACUGAAUGAUACACACUCUUAGCCAGAAUGGCCAGUAUGACAAAUCAAAACAACAAGGCAUCUUUCUCACAUGCAGAUAGUAAUGUGGCUGCUGAAGAAGACAUCUCAGUUAAGGUGUCUGAUGAUGACACUUUAGCAGUACCCAACCAAAAUAAUUUUGCAGACUCUGGCUCAGUGUGUAUUGGUGUAGGCAAUGAAGAGGAUGAUGUCUUUGACGGUAGCAUGACUUCUAUUUUUCAAGAUGACAAGAAGGGAGUGUUUCUUCCUGGUCUUAAAGUUACUGCCAAAAUCAUUGAUGUUCAACGUGCACCAAGAACUCAUCCUUUUAACCCUAACUUAUACACUAUAGAACUAAGGCAUGGCAGCUUCACUUGGAUCAUCAGGAGACGUUACAAGCAUUUUGUAAAACUUGAUGCAGAACUGUUUUUUCACAAAGUUAAUGUUCGCCAACAAAGCAUCAGAAGGGAUCUUAGAGGUGAUCACAGUGGAGAGGGUCAUGCUUAUCUGCCAAGUCGUCACUUGCCCAAGCGACCAGACAUGUUUGCUACAACACCCAAUAUGGAAAAAAGAAUAAAGUCUCUGGAGAAGUACCUUCAGAGGAUUUUGGACAGUCAAAGCUAUUGUACUCACAAAGAGACUCUGAAUUUUUUGGAGGUCAGCCAUCUCUCAUUUCAUUUUGAUUUAGGAGAUAAGGGAAGGGAAGGAAUUCUCAGAAAGCGGGCAGGAGGUCAUCGAUUUCCUGCAGGGUGCUGCAGUUGUUGCAGUGGUCUUUCAUGGGGAAUAUGGGACAAAAGGUGGCUUCUUGUAAAAGAUAGUUUUAUUGCCUAUGUCAGUCCCAAGGAUAAACAACUAAGAGGAGUAGUGUUAAUGGACAAAGAAUUUACCUUCAAGUAUGGAAGGAAACAGACUGGUGUGCGGAAUGGCUUGCUGAUCCAUAACCAGGCAAGGCAGCUUCUGUUAUCCUGUUGGACUGAAAGAAAGGCAAGUGAAUGGAUGAAAUCAAUUGUUCAUGUUAUGGCAACUACUGGUGCUGACUGGAUUAAGGAACAUCCUCACAGCUCGUAUGCUCCAAUCAGGGAGAACUGUUAUGCUCAGUGGUUUGUCGACGGUGAAGCAUAUUUUGAUGCAGUUGCUGAUGCUUUAGAGUCUGCAGAAGAGGAAAUUCUCAUAACAGGCUGGUGGGUCAGCCCAGAAAUAUACCUCCGUCGGCCAGUCACUGCCGGCCAUGAAUGGCGACUGGAUAUGACGCUGAAGAGAAAAGCGGAGAGUGGUGUAAAAGUUUAUGUUCUAAUCUACAAAGAAGUUGAGCUGGCUCUAACGCUGAACAGUGCGUACACUAAAACUACUCUGAUGGGUUUACACCCAAACAUCAAGGUGUUGCGGCAUCCAGACCACCUUCCUGGGGCAGGUGUAAUAUAUUGGGCUCAUCAUGAAAAGUUGGUGGCCAUUGACCAGAAGGUGGCCUUUAUUGGAGGUCUCGACCUUUGUUUUGGUCGCUGGGACAAUCAUUUGCACCGUCUGACCGACUUUGGAUCUGCAGUUCGGCCUCCAACGCUGAACAAAACGGAGGAACAGAUCAGAAAAAUUGGCGCUCUGUUUGUAGAAGGAACGCUGGAGGGAUUUGACGUCCCGAAAUGUUCCGACUUCACAGACAACGUCAAAGUAGAGAUAGAACCCGGAACAUCAGGAGGAAACAAACUUUGGCUGGGAAAGGAUUACUCAAAUCCAAUCACCAGAGAUUUCUUUGACGUCCAUAGACCAUAUGAAGAUUCCGUGGACAGAGGCCAUGUUCCUCGGAUGCCUUGGCAUGAUGUGGGCAUGCGCGUGUUUGGUUUUCCCGCGAGAGACAUCGCUCGACAUUUCAUUCUGAGAUGGAAUGCUACCAAGAUUGAAAAGGUUAAAAUGUAUCAUGACAUCCCUUACCUUCUCCCGAAGUCGUACUCCAAACUUUCUAAUGAAAGGCCAGCAACAUUAGACGACUUUAACGUGGUGGAUUGCCAAAUACUCCGUUCCCUCUGUUCGUGGUCAGGCGGUGUUCCUCCAGAAAACUCCAUUCAUGAGGCAUACGUAAAGGCGAUUGAAGCAUCUCAACAUUUCAUUUACAUUGAGAACCAAUUCUUUAUCACUUCUCUUUUCAUUGACAAUGUUAAGAAUGAGAUUGGACAGAACCUUUUGUGGAGAAUAGAGAGAGCACACAGAGAGGGUGAAAAUUUCAAAGUUAUAGUCGUCAUGCCACUCCUACCAGCCUUUGAAGGGGAGAUUGGUACAGCCACUGGUCGAUCGAUUGGCGCCAUUACUCACUGGAACUACAGGUCAAUUUGUCGAGGAUCGCAUUCUCUCUUGCAGAGAUUAACAGAACUUGUUGGUGAUCCUUCCAAGUUCAUAACAUUUUAUGGUCUGAGAACUCACUCAGAAAUUCGUGGAAAACCCGUCACAGAGCUUGUAUAUGUUCAUAGCAAGAUGAUGAUUGUCGAUGACAAUACAGUAAUCAUUGGCUCAGCAAACAUCAAUGACCGCAGCAUGCUGGGAAAGAGAGAUUCAGAAAUAGCCUCUAUCAUGAAGGACAAGGAAUUUGUUCCGUCCGUUAUGGAUGGCAAGGAAUAUCAAGCUGGCAAGUUUGCGUUCAACUUAAGAUCAAGACUCUUCAGGGAACAUCUGGGUUUAUUAGAUUCUCCUUCAGACGUAGACAUCAGAGAUGUUGUCUCAAAAAGUUUCUAUGAGGAUGUGUGGAUGGCCACGGCGAAGAAAAACACUGAAAUUUACGAGGAGGUGUUUCACUGCAUGCCAACAGACCAAGUUCGUUCACUAAGCGACAUGGCUGCUUAUAAGAGUCUUAAAAACCUCGACAAAGAGGACCCUGGACAGGCACGUGCUCGUCUGCGAGGCGUCAGAGGGUAUCUCGUUAAAUUGCCCCUCCACUUUUUAGAAAAAGAAGACCUUAGACCGCCCGUUGGUAGUUCAGAGUUCUUUGUGUCAGAAGGAGUUUUUACGUGAUUAGAUGCAUUGUAGGAUAGCCUGUUUAAUCAGUUCCUUUGCGAUAAAAGAUUGAAUUGAAAUGAUAAGUUGCUUUACGAUGAUUAUUACGAUUAUAAUGAGGGGAGGUCGGUGAUUACCCACUUCAAGUUACUAAGUCGGAUAAUUUAAUUAUUUUAUUAAAAAUAUAUCGAAUUUAAAUUAUAUGAUUGGUUAAAUUGACUAUCAUUUGAGGGAGAUCCUACUCUAUUGUAUUUUACAGAAUUUACUCUAGUUUGACAUGUCAUAAUAUUUUGGAUUGAAACAAGGUACUAGAUUGUUUAGAGGUAAUUUAUUGAGAAAAACGCUUAGUUUACCUUAUUAUUUAUAAAUUGCAAAUGGCACAAUAACGGCUUUGAGAGAGGAAAUAUAUUUUGGAAAGCUUAUUAAAUCACCGUUUGUAAUAAAUGUGAGAUUUUGCUGGA